AUGGACGGUGCUGUUGGUCAGGGUGGAUCUCUGCCCAGCUUUGACGUUGAUACUGCGUCAGCUGACACAUCUAGAGCUGACAAACGGCAACCAGGUGCAGGAAGUACAACCAACAGGACACAGCGCGAGUCUCGACGGGAGUCAACGUCACGGAGUGGUCAGGGUCCACUCCAAUGUGAUGUUUGUGAUAGACGUUUUAAAUGUAAAUCCAAAUUUGACAAACAUUAUAGAACUCAUACUGGCGAAAAACCUUAUAAAUGUGACGUUUGUCAACGCGGUUUUGGUCAGAAGGGUGAUUUAACAAAACACAGGAGAACUCACACUGGCGAAAAACCUUAUGAAUGUGAAGUGUGUCAACGCCGAUUUAAUUUAAAGGGAAACUUAUUACAACAUCGUAGAACUCAUACUGGCGAAAAACCUUAUGAAUGUGACGUGUGUCAACGCGGAUUUGUUCAGAAGGGUGAUUUAACAAAACACAGUAGAACUCACACUGGCGAAAAACCUUAUGAAUGUGACGUGUGUCAACGCAGAUUUAAUGUGAGGAGUAGUUUAAAAAGACACCUUAGAACUCACACUGGCGAAAAACCUUAUGAAUGUGACGUGUGUCAACGCAGAUUUAAUGAAAGGAGUAGUUUAAAAAGACACUUUAGAACUCAUACUGGUGAAAAACCUUAUGAAUGUGACUGUUACGCCGUCGCAAGGCGGAAUUUACUUCGUGUCAUUGCCUCACUGACUCACUUUUAG